CGGAAUAUCCAAAACAUUUGACAAGUAACACAAAAAUUAUAUUUCUAGGGUUCCAAAUCGCUCCACCUUCCUUCAACCCCCCAAUUCCCCCCAAUUUUCUCACAAUUCAUCAAAAAUUAUCAGAAAAAAAAUCUCAUUUUUAUUGUGGAAAUUUCGUCUCUGUUCAUCGGCAUGGACUGAUUCCCUUGCCGGCCUCUGAUUUCUGCUACAAAUCGAUCAAGGUAACGUGAUUCCGUCAUUUAGAUCAGGAAUUUAUCGGAAUAUAUGUAAUUACAAUAGUAUUUCGGUUUCAUGAAGAAGUUGUAGUGAUAAGUAACGUACUUUUGUAGCAAUUAGGGCAAUAAUUGAUCGAAUUGUGUGUAGUUAUUACGGUGUUUCGGUUUCAUGAGGAAGUUGUGACAGUUCCAACCUAAGUUUGUAGUUAGAAAAGUCUGUGUUAAGUUGUUUAUCUCGAUCGGUGAUAUCGUGUUUUAGACGCUUGAUUGGUAGGGGGUGGGGGUUCAGAAACUAUUGGUGGAUCAAAGACUUUGAUUUGCUGAAAUUUGAAUGAAAAAUUGUUAUAAAUAUGGAAACCGAGAUCGAGCAGCCUGUUGUGGGUACAGUGAUCAAAUGGUGUGAUUGUGGAUGUGAUUGUUGUUCUGCAAAGCUUGAUGAGUCGGGGGUCUGGAUUCGGUCAGUGAAGAGAAAGCUUGACGAAAGAGAUGAUAAGGAUGUAUUGGUCAUACCUGGGCUUUCGAAUUCUGAUGUGGCUCGUGUCGACAUUGAAUAUGAAUGUAUGGCUUUACGGGAAAUGGUCAAAAGUCAACAGGAAACAAUUCAGGAUUUGUCGGUUGAGUUAGAUGAAGAGAGAAAUGCGGCCUCGUCGGCUGCAAAUGAAGCCAUGUCUAUGAUCUUAAGGUUACAGAGUGAGAAGGCCGAAGUCCAGAUGGAGGCCCGGCAGUUUAAACGGUUUUCAGAGGAAAAAAUGGCCCAUGAUCAGGAAGAAGUUAUGGCAUUGGAAGAUUUGUUAUACCAAAGAGAACAGACCAUAGAAGCUUUGACUUGUGAAGUACAUGCGUAUAAACACCGAAUGUUGAGUUAUGGGCUCACGGAAGACGAAGCAGGUGGGGAGAUUUAUAGCGAGACACAUUUUGAGCUCCCUACAUACAAUUACCCACCACUAAAAUGCAAUUCGAUUGAACAUCAUCCUGACCAGGAUCUUGACGGUGAAAUGAUCGACAUCGAGAAGCACGCAUUUGGUGAAUCCCCACAUUCAUUGAAAGCUAUUGAAGAAAGAAUCAGUGAAUUGGAGGGGGAUUCUCAGCAUAGUCCAGUGAAGGAGGUCAUCAUUGGUAAUUCACCAAGGAAUCUAUCUUCUGAUAGUGGUGGCUCGUUUGUUCCAACUAAAGAAAAAUUGGUGGAUAAUGCAUCGGAAUUCGGUGAUGACAUGAGUGACAGGGUAUAUACAGUUGAUUCUGUAUAUAACGUGACAUCUUUCGAUAAGAAUCCAAAGGUUGAUGAUGAUGUUAAGGUUACUCAAAGCAUUGGAAAUACGGAGGUAAAAAAUCUGUACGCAAGGCUUCAUGCACUGGAAGCAGACAGGGAAUCAAUGAAGCAGGCGUUGAUUUCUAUGAGAACGGAAAAAGCACAACUGGUAUUGUUGAAGGAGAUAGCUCAGCAUUUGUAUAAAGACAUGUCUCCGCAGCCAAACAGGAUGCCUGUUAAGAAACAAUCAUUGUUUGGUAACUUUUCGUUUGUCUUGCUGUUCAAGUGGAUUGUUUCGUUUCUGUUUUGGAGGAGAGCAAGUCAAAGCAAAUACAUGUUUGGUAUGUCGGCCAGUAACGCAGGUUUGCGAAUGCUGGUAAACAAGGGACCACAGAUGGGGCAAUGGAGGUGUCUAUCAAGAACACGAUUCUUGAAAUAUUGAUCUCGAACACACAUCUGUUUGGACUUGUGAUCUGGUAUAGGCUGGACAUCUACAUCACACUGUUUGAUUUUUAGGUUUUAAAUAAUUUUUUUUCCAACUAUUUUCGUGGGUGAAGUGUUAUUGUUUUUGAUUUGUUGAAAUUGGACUGGUCUUCUGAUUGGUUAGUGUUAAAGAAAUGUGGAUACAUACAUAUAUAUAGUCAUAAGAAAUUGCUGGCUUGUAAGGUUUUCUUGAACAUAGCUCGAUGCAUGAAUGUAAUGUGGAAAUCUGUUUGUGCAUUUUUGUUAUAUUGUAAAUAAGAAUUGAUCGUGUGGAUAUGAAAGUUUUCAUGUUGGAA